AUGGCGGAAGGCACGAGAUCAUAUGCACAGAUCCUUGAUUCUGUCAAUCAGUUAAGGGAGCGGCAAGAAAGACAACAAAAACAGAUCGAGGAUGCAAUUACGAUCCUGGCUCAGCAGCAAGAAACAGCAAGAUUGGAAAGGGAGGCACAGGAUAGGAAAUUUACUGAAUUAUUGCAGCAUCUUUCGAAGCUUCCUUAUAAUCCUCAGCUGGAAACUAAUGCUCAUAAUACAAGGAAUGGACAAGGUUUUCAUCACUCGCGAGAAGGUGAAACAGAUGAUGGUUCGGGGGGAGUCUACUGCACAAAUAUACCUGACAGAUCUAAUAUGAGACAAAUAAAGCUGGAUUUUUCAAGAUUUGGUGGAAAGGAUCCUGCUGCUUGGAUUUAUCGUGCUAAUCAAUAUUUUCUGUAUCAUCAAGUUCCUCCUGGCCAAAGGAUCUUUAUAGCUUCAUUCCACAUGGACAAUGAUGCCUUGGUAUGGUUCCAGGAUGCAAGUGAGUCGGAAGUUUUUCAUUCUUGGGAGGAAUUCAUUCAAGCAGUGCAGGUACGUUUUGGUUCAUCUGCUUAUGAUGAUCCUAUAGAGGCAUUAACACGUUUGAAACAGGUUCAUUCAGUUACUGCUUAUAAAACUGAAUUUGAACUGCUUUCCAAUUGUAUUAAAGGCAUUUCUAAAAGAAACAAAUUAAGUUGUUUUUUGAGUGGCUUGAAAGAUGAGAUUAGGCUGCCAAUCCGUAUGUUGAAUCCUUCUUCCUUAAAUGAUGCCUUUGGUUUAGCAAAAAUUCAAGAACAGUAUGUUUGGAGUACAAAGAGAUCGUGGAGACCUAGUUCUAGUGAUUAUCCUCAGUCUAAUAUGGGACCUUCUGUUUUGGGAAACCCUAAGGCACCUAUUGUUAAGUUACCUUAUCAAAAAAUAAGUGAGUCUCAGAUGCAAGAGAGAAGAAAGAAAGGCUUAUGUUAUUUUUGUGAUGAGAAAUGGCAACCAGGCCAUAAGUGCAGUAGGCCAAAAGUUUAUGUGUUAGAUGGAAUGGAAAUUGGUGAAACUAGUGUUCAUACGAGUGAGAAGGAAUUACUUGUGGAAGAGAUCCAUGAGGAGCCUGAAUCUGCUGACAUAGCUUCCAUUUCAUUGCAAGCUAUGGUAGGUUCUCCCAGUACUACAACCAUGAGAAUGGUUGGUCAUAUUCAUAACAAAAAGGUAGUCAUAUUGAUUGAUUCUGGCAGCACCCACAAUUUUGUGGAUACUGCUCUGGUAGGCAGGUGUGGCUUGGUAUUGCAGCAAAGGCAAGCUUUGCAAGUCAAAGUGGCUAAUGGUGAUGUUUUGUCUAGUGGUGGCAAAGCUGUUGGUGUUGGUAUUCAAAUCCAAGGCACCAGAUUUGUUGUUGAUUUUUUCUCAUUAUCUCUCGGAGGGUGUGAUGUAGUGUUGGGAGUAAGUUGGCUUUCAUCACUUGGACCAAUACUGUGGGAUUUCACAGACUUAAAAAUGCAGUUUGUUUAUCAUGGAAGAGAAGUUUGUUUUAAAGGACUCACAUCAUCUGCCAGCACUUUAGUUGAUGAUAAGGAAAUUUCUAUGAUCUCUAAAGUAGGCUUUAAAGGAGUAUGGUUACAACUUAUGGCUGUGGAAAACAUGAAACCUCAGAAUGAUCCUUGUCCAGAAAUACUGCAGUUAUUACAAAAGUUUGGAAAGGUUUUUGAUGAACAUACUUCUUUACCUCCUCAUCGAGCUCGAGAUCACCAAAUCAACCUCAAGAAAGACACUAUACCUGUUAGUGUGAGGCCAUACAGAUAUCCUUAUUUCAAAAAACAGAAAUCGAGAAGAUUGUAUCUGAACUACUCAUGUCUGGUGUGA